AUGAAUGUGGCAGAUAAGGCAACAAAAUGGAAUUCAGAUCCCAACUGGGAUUCAUCCGAUGAAUGGUUCAAAGGACCUGCUUUUCUUCACAAAAAUCAAAGUGAAUGGCCACAAAUGCCACAAAUAGAAACAAUAGACAGAAGUGAAUAUAGACCUUAUUUGCUGCAAAUUAAUGCAAUUGAAAACUCAUGUAAAUUAAUUGAGACGCAUUGCAUAACUAGCUUGGUAGUUGACGAUUACCACCGAAAAUAUCAUCAUCUCAAUCAUGAAACGGCCUUGAACGAAAUACGUCAAAAAUUUCAUAUUUCGGAGCUGAGAGUAUUGCUUAAGUCUGUAAGACGAGACUGCCAAGCUUGUAAGAUUCAGAAUGCUCGUCCUCAAGUUCCUGAAAUGGCCAACUUACCAAAGGCUAGGUUAUCAGCGUUUUGUAGGCCUUUUACAUUCGUUGGGGUGGAUUUUUUUGGACCGAUUAUAGUGACGGUAGGAAGACGAAAUGAGAAAAGAUGGGGUGCAUUAUUCACCUGCCUAACUAUUCGAGCAGUGCAUGUAGAAAUAGCUCAUAGUUUGACUACAGAUUCAUUUAUCAUGUGUCUACGGAAUUUUAUGGCUCGUCGUGGGACACCUUUGGAGAUAUAUAGCGACAAUGGUACCAAUUUCCGAGGCGCAGAAAAGGUGUUGAAAGAGGAAUUAAAACAGGUUGACUUAGGUCGGGUGGCUGAUGAGUUCGUGAUAGCAGAAUUAAAAUGGAAUUUCAAUCCACCCACCACUCCUCACAUGGGUGGUGCAUGGGAAAGGCUCGUACGAUCAAUAAAAACCGUACUUUACAAAAUUCUUUCUUCGAGAAAAGUUGGAGACGAAAGCUUGCGAUGUGCACUUAUUGAGGUUGAGAAUAUUAUAAAUUCCAGACCUUUAACAUUUGUUUCCUUAGAUGUGACUGAUGAUGAAGCGCUAACGCCAAACCAUUUCCUUCUCGGUAGUUCAAAUGGAUUGAAAAUACCUUGUGAUCCGGUAAAUUUGGAUUUGCGAAAGAGUUGGAAACAAUCACAAAUGUUAGCUGAUAUUUUUUGGAAGAAAUGGGUUAAAGCGUUCCUACCAACACUCAAUAAGAGAUCAAAAUGGUUCAUCAAAACAAAGCCAAUUACAAAGGGUGACCUGGUUAUCAUAGUAGAUAACGACCUGCCAAGAAACUGUUGGCCAAAAGGACGAGUAGUUGAUGUUGUUACCGCAAAGGACGGACAGGUACGCCGAGCAAAGGUUCAAACGGAGCAUGGUGUGUACGAGCGGCCUUCGGUGAAGUUAGCAGUUCUAGACAUUGCUGGCAGGGAACAAGAGAGUAAGCCAGAUACGGGUUGUAGUCAGCUUACUGGAGGCGGUAUGUUAGCGACAUCUGCAUUGUCGCAGUAA